AUGUUCAAUGAUCAAAGUUUUUUAGAUGGUCCUACACAAAGCUAUAUGGACCCAUAUUAUAAUAUGUCUCAUCCAAUGAAUCAAUCUAUUUAUAAUGCAAAUUAUAAUAUGAAUGUAUAUCAAAAUUAUAUUUAUCCAGUUAGUGGAACAUCUAAUAAUGCUAAUGAGAAUGCUACAUAUAGUAAUGCAAGAAAACGACAAGCUGAUGAGGAAGAUAUUGAAAAUUUUCUCCUAGAAGUUGAUCAAUCUACUAACAUAGAUGACCAGAGAAAUAUACGCAGAAAAUCUAAAAUUGCUAUAACAAAAAAUGCUAUAACAUCAGCAUAUAAGUUAAAUGAAAAAUUGAAAGCAAUUUGUGCAGAGCUCAAAGAUUGUCAAAAUUUAACAGAAGAAGAAUGGCAACAAAAGAUGAGUAUCUGCAAUGCAGCAAAAGAAGAAAUUGUUAAAUUAUUAGAGCCUAUUAGAGACCAAACAUUUUUAAAUCAGUUACAAAAAGAUUUAGAAAGAAGGAAGAAAAAAAGAUUAAGAGAAAAAAUGAAAAAAGAGAAAUGGAGAAAUGAGAAAUUAAUAAUAAUGGAAAGGAGAGCUAGAAUGCAUGCACAAAUUGAUUCAUGGAUUAGGAAAGAACAAGCUGUAAUAGAGAAAGAAAAGCAAGAAGAAAAUUUACGUAAAGAUGCUGACAUGAUUUUAUUUGAUGUUAGAGGAAAGCGAAAUGAUGCUAGAAAAUAUCUUGGAUUGCUGCAGGAAUUACGAAAUUUGCGGAAUGUUAAAGCAAAUAUUGCCAGAGCAAGAGGGGAACAUUUAUCUUUAGCAGCUGAUGAAACAUUUAAUAAUAUUAUUGCAAAGUUAACAGAACAGUGGACAAAGCUUGAUCGUGAAUAUUCUAUAGAAGAACAAGGUUUAAAAUUAAUGUUAAAGACUGAUAAUGAAAAGAGAAUUGAAAAACAGAAGAAGAAUCUUUUUGAUGAAUGGGAGAAAGUACUAUUUGGAAGAAAAAUAACAUCUGAUCAGUAUAAUACAGACUUAACUAAUUUUAUUACUAUAAGAACUGCCUGGGAUAAGUAUAUAAGUUCAGAUAGCGAUGCAUCCGCAAUUCCAAUUGGAUGGGUAAUGCCUGAAAUACCAUCCUCUGCUGCCUGGCAAAAAUGUCUUAAAAAAGAAGUUUCAUGAAAUAAAUUAAUA